UGUAGGCGAAAUGCGUUGUACGUGGAGGGAGCUCCUGCUGUUUCCAUGACAGCUCUGCAACUAACUGAGCAUCUCUUCCAGCUGAAGUCAACCCAUUCCGCCAUUUUUCCUCAAUUCUCAUAGAUAGAUAGAACUCUCUCCCUCUUUCUGUCUCUACCCAAAGAAGCUGUGUUAAUUUACGGAGAAGGUAAAGGAGAAAUGGGGGACCGGUUCAUCCCUAACGUAAUGCCGGACUACAUAGCAGAGACAUCAACCGCAAGAGUAACCACGGGAGAAGAAGAUUCCCUCAUGAAUCUUCUUUCCAUGCCCUACCCUUCCCUCUCUCAACUCCUUAAACGCACCGCUUUAGACCUUAAAGAAACAAUAGUCAUGGAGAUAUGGGGCUUAACGGGGCAGCAAGUGGAAGACUUCACUCUUUAUGCUGGCACACUUGGUAUAAGUUUCUUGCUUUUCAAAGCUUAUCGUGUUACUAAAAAUGAGAAUGAUCUAUCUCUUUGCUUGGAGAUCGUCAAGGCUUGUGAUUCUGCGUCUCUCCCUUCUCGGGAUGUAACUUUUCUAUGUGGUCGGGCGGGCGUUUGUGCUCUUGGAGCUGUAGUGGCAAAGCAUGCUGGAGAUCAACAGUUGCUUGACUAUUACUUGACCCAAUUCAAAAAGAUUAAGCUGUCUAGGGGUCUACCUGAUGAAUUAUUAUAUGGAAGAGCUGGAUUUUUAUGGGCUUGCUUGUUCUUGAACAAACACAUUGGGGAAGGGACUAUUCCUUCUACAACCACUCGGCAAGUUGUUGAUGAUAUUAUUAGCAAUGGAAGGGCAUUGGGGAAGAAAGGCAAAUGCCCACUUAUGUUUGAAUGGUAUGGAGAGAAGUAUUUGGGUGCUGCCCAUGGCUUGGCAGGUAUUAUGCAUGUUUUGAUGGACAUGGACCUAAAGCCUGAUGAGGCUCAGGAUGUUAAAGGCACCCUUAAGUACAUGAUCAAGAACCGGUUUCCAGGCGGGAACUAUCCCGUUAGUGAAGAAGAUAGAAAAAGGGAUGCUCUUGUUCAUUGGUGUCAUGGAGCUCCUGGGAUUGUGCUUACACUUGCCAAGGCAGCUAAGGUUUUUGGAGAUAAGGAAUUUCUUGAAGCAGUAACGGAAUCAGCAGAGGUGGUGUGGAACCGUGGUUUGCUCAAGAGGGUUGGAAUUUGCCAUGGUAUUAGUGGAAACACAUAUGUGUUUCUCACACUCUACAGAUUAACAGACAACACGGAGUAUUUAUACAGGGCGAAGGCAUUUGCUUGCUUUCUACUUGAUCAAGCUCAUAAGCUUAUAUCGAAGGGAGAGAUGCAUGGAGGUGAUCGCCCUUAUUCUCUUUUUGAAGGGAUGGGAGGUUUGGCAUAUCUUUUCUUGGACAUGAUCGAACCUUCUGAAGCUCGGUUCCCAGCAUAUGAGCUCUGAUGCUUUGGAGUAUGCAUGUUUGGAAGUCAUAUUGCCUACUGUAAUUCACUUGUAUACGUGUAUGUGAAAAUAAUCAAUAGGAUUUUUCUUCUCUGUGUGAAAAGUAAUUAUGUUGUAAUUGUACCUUAUGUUUUUUUGACAUCUUCUUGAUCUCUAGAGAUUCAUUAAACUUC